AUGGUUACUGAACAGGUUUCUUCUAUCUUCGAUACCAUUUUGGUGUUGGACUUCGGUUCUCAAUAUUCUCACUUGAUCACAAGAAGAUUAAGAGAAUUCAACGUUUACGCUGAAAUGUUGCCAUGUACUCAAAAAAUUUCUGAAUUGUCGUGGAAGCCAAAAGGUGUCAUCCUUUCUGGUGGUCCAUACUCCGUCUACGAUCCUGAAGCUCCACAUGUUGACCAUGAUGUCUUUAAGUUGGGUGUACCAAUUUUGGGUAUUUGUUACGGUAUGCAAGAAUUAGCUUGGAUUAACGGUAAACAAGUCGCAAGAGGUGAAAAAAGAGAAUAUGGUCCUGCUACUUUGAAUGUCUUGGAUCAAUCUGUUCCAUUAUUCGAAGACGUUGAUCACUCAACCGUCUGGAUGUCCCAUGGUGAUAAGCUAAAUGGCUUGCCAAAUGGUUUCAAAGUUAUCGCUACUUCUGAUAACUCUCCUUACUGUGGUGUUGCUCAUGAAACUGAACAAAUCUACGGUAUCCAAUUCCACCCAGAAGUUACUCAUUCCACCAUGGGUAAAGUCUUGUUGAAGAACUUCGCCGUUAAGAUCUGUAAAGCCAACCAAAAUUGGACUAUGGAAAAUUUCAUCGAAACUGAAAUUAACAGAAUUAGAGAAUUAGUCGGUCCAACUGCUGAAGUCAUCGGUGCUGUUUCCGGUGGUGUCGACUCCACUGUCGCUUCUAAAUUGAUGACUGAAGCUAUUGGUGACAGAUUCCACGCUAUCUUAGUUGAUAACGGUGUCUUAAGAUUGAAUGAAGCUGAAAACGUAAAGAAAACUUUGAUUCAAGGUUUAGGUAUUAACUUAACCGUCGUAGACGCUGCAGAUGAAUUCUUAGACAACUUGAAAGGUAUUACCGACCCAGAAAGAAAGAGAAAAAUCAUCGGUAACACUUUCAUCCACGUCUUCGAAAGAGAAGCCGCUAAGAUCCAACCAAAGGAUGGUAAAGAAAUUCAAUUCUUAUUACAAGGUACUUUGUACCCAGAUGUCAUCGAAUCCAUCUCUUUCAAGGGUCCUUCUCAAACUAUUAAGACUCACCACAACGUCGGUGGUCUAUUAGACAACAUGAAAUUGAAAUUGAUUGAACCUCUAAGAGAAUUGUUCAAGGAUGAAGUUAGACAUUUAGGUGAAUUGUUAGGUAUCUCCCACGAAUUGGUCUGGAGACAUCCUUUCCCAGGUCCAGGUAUCGCUAUCCGUGUCUUGGGUGAAGUCACCAGAGAACAAGUCGCAAUCGCUAGAAAAGCUGAUUUCAUUUACAUUGAAGAAAUUAGAAAAGCUGGUUUAUACGACAAGAUCUCUCAAGCUUUCGCUUGUUUAUUACCAGUCAAAUCUGUUGGUGUCAUGGGUGACAACAGAGUUUAUGACCAAGUCAUUGCUUUAAGAGCUAUUGAAACUACCGAUUUCAUGACUGCUGAUUGGUAUCCAUUUGAACACUCUUUCUUAAAGAAGGUUGCUUCAAGAAUCGUCAACGAAGUAGACGGUGUUGCUAGAGUCACUUAUGAUAUUACCUCUAAGCCUCCAGCCACUGUCGAAUGGGAAUAA